AUGUCAAGCCUCACGCACACCCUGCACCUUGGCCUCCUUCUGUACUCUCUCGUCUGGCUCCGCCACUUCUGGAUCGUGGCGAAGCGGUGGCGUCUGUGGCAAGAUACCCGCCGAGCGCUCUCCGAGACCUUCGCUUGGGAGGCUCAGGCAGUCUUUUUACGGCGGCGCAAGCGAGAGCGGAUUGGAAUCGCCGUCGAGUUCUGCCAGCUAGUCGCGAUGACCAUCUCGGAGGACAGUAUCGCCCGGUGCGUCAGGAUGCUAGCCGUAUUUGGGAGUGACGUCGAGCCAGUGGUGGUUGGCCUGUUCCGAUCUCUGCAGACGUCGCUGCAGUCGCACGAGUGGUUUCUAGGUUGGUGGUGCGCUCUGGUCGCAGUCUACAUCGCCGCGGGCUGCCUCGCCGCACUCCGUGCCUUGAAGAUUCGGCUGCCGCGCCUCCUCCGAAGGCACACCUCUGAGCACUCUGGCACGAUCCUGCUGGAGUGGGGUCUUAUCCCGGUCCUCGAGGCGUGCUUUCAAAUGCUAGCGUGCGACAGCCAAAGGCUACAGGACGACGAAGAGAUCGUGUGCUUCAGUGGCAAACACGCUUUCCUCUACCUGCCGAUCUCGCUGUGCCUGCUCGUCACGUUGAUACCCCUCGGGCUCCGCCACGCGGCUGCCAAGGGGGACCAGUCGCCGGAGCUCUACUAUCUGCCGAGGUUCGAGGUGGUCGACUGUUUUGCGCGCAUCGCCGUCUCGGCGUUGUACGCGCUGCUGGCCCAGCCGCGCCCACGGGCCUUCCUCGUCCUCACGAUAGCGGUCAUCGUUUCGCUGCUGGCCGCAUGCUACUACCUCCAGCCCUGCCUCGGCAAGGCGCGGAACUACGAGUUCAACCACGCGCGCACGGCAUGCUACGCUGGCGUGUGCUGGGCCGCACUCGUCGCCUUGCUCCAAGAAGGCAACCGGCCCGGCGUCUUUGAGGCGGGGCUGCUUGCGCUGUGCGUUGGGCUGCCCGCCGUCAUGUGCGUGGGGUGGCGGCUGAGCCAGCGCCGAGGGGCGAGGAUGCCAGCCUCGCACUGGGCCACCAGCGCCAGCCGCGGCGGCAGCGCAGUGGGCCCCCCGCAGCGGAGCGGCCAGCGCGGGAGCCACGGGGGCGUGAGAGUGAGCGCCGGGCUUAGCGGCAAGACUGAGAGCCCUGCCGUGCGAAGGAGCGUGGUGCUGGAUGUGCUCUCGAGAUGGAGCGCGGGGGGCGGGCGGAGGCGGACAAAGUCAAGCGGGACUGCCGGGCAGGGCCCGUGGGCGAGACUGCGCUAG